AUGGCAUCGACUGCUGUGAAAAUGGCCGCAACCGACUCUUUGUCGGUAUAUAAGUCUCGCGGAUCUACGCCUUCGUUGACUACUGCAAGAUCGUCGUCGACAGACAAUUCCUCGUCAUCCAGCACAUCCAUCACUCUCAAAUCAACUAUCACUUCCUCGACAUCCACGUCCAUUUCCUCGCCGUCAAAAGCAUCAAGCGAUAUCAACAUGGCCACCACUUCGAGUCACAUUGGUGACUUUCGCAAGGUCAUCGAAACUUGCAAUAAGUUUGACUUUGCAGCCAACAAGGCUUCAUUGUUCCGAUUCUUUGUUCUGAACCAUGAUAAGCAUGUGGGAUACAUGCUUCCCCAAUUCAUCCAACAGAUGGAUUGGAAUGUUGAUGGGUUCAAAAUCGACAAAGACACAAAGACCGUUCUGCUGGACCCGGCAACAAGGGCUGGAGAGACUAUGGAGCAAGCUUGUCAAAGGGCGUUUGUCAACCUCUGUGAAUCAAAUGUUGACAAAGUUCUGGGACUCGAAAAUUGGGUCAUACUCCAGAGGAAUGGUCGUGACCUGGAAUAUCAUCCUGUUCUUGGAUUGCCCCCAAACCUUCGGUGGCUUAAAGUCCCGUCUCCUCUCCGUGGCGUGUUUGGAAUUGUCACCGCCGGUGCUCACAUGACCAUGUUUACCGUCAAGCCUAAGGAGGGAACUAAUGUGCCCGGAGUGUUUGUCUGGGUCUCCAAGAGGUCGGAAAAUGUGACAUAUGCGGGAAAGUUGGACCAGCUCGUCGCUGGUGCCAUGGGACCUGACGAUGAUCACAACCCGCUCAAAGCGUUGAGCCGAGAGGCCAUGGAGGAAGCUGGCUUGGAGAUGGACAUUGCAACUAGAGACGUGAUGUCAGAUGGUAGGCUCAUCGGUAAAGUUGAGGAGUGCGAUCGAAUUUCAUUCUAUGACAGGAAAGGCGCGGUUGCGGGCACGGAACAGGGACAGCUUGAGCCAGGAAUUCGCUACACUUACAUGCUCAAGGUGCCAGAUGACUAUGUUCCAAAGCCGUGUGAACCACACUCUAUCGACGGCUUCCACCUCCUAUCUCUCGCUGAAGUGGAAAAGUCUCUGAAGGAAGACCGGUGGAAGCCAAAUUGCGCGCUCGCGAUGCUCAGCUUUCUCCGGGAGGAGUGUUUCGGGGGGGACAGGGCCGUUGCGCUGAAGAAUGCCUUGCAGCCCGAAUUACCAUUUGAGGGGAUUUAA